AAAAAAAAAAAAGUCUGUAUUCUAAAGUUUGAUGAGAAGAGCUGUAGUGAGUUAUUAGCAGGGAUUAAAUGAAUACAUGAUCCUCUCAGUGCUGAUUCUUGUGAGCUACUUUUGUAAAUGCUUGUUUAAGACCACAGGGGCCACACGGCCAUGUUAGGGCCAUCCGCGGCCUGCAUGUGACCCUGCAAUCUGGCCCCAUUGUUUCCACCUCAGGCUGUAUGCCUCUUUUCAAAAUGGUUCCAACUGGCCCGAAGAAGGACGUGCGCAAGGCUAUUUGGGGAAAAAAUAGCCAAACACAUGCUCAUGAAAUGUUGUUAUUCACGUUCUGUCGCGAUGUGUGUGCGCACUAUAUGUGUUGUAAAUAAGAUCGCCGUUGAUGUUCCAGAUAUGGAGUCAUUAGAGUCAUUAGCUAAGUAGCUGAAUUUGAAUGGUUGGGUUCGGCGCUCUUCGGGGUGCCUCAUUAUGCAGGCGCAUUAAAAGAAGGCGGUGGGGGGCAAAUGGGUGGUUAAGGGCUCGAACAAAAAGAGGGGCAGGGUCUGUGAGGAGGGUCAGGAUUCAAAUUCUAAGUGGUGAGAUGCUCCCAUUGUCAGUGGGGUAUAUAGCAGGCAGAGAGAAAGAGAGAGAUAGAGAGAGAGAGAGUGUUGGCACAACAGAGAAGCAGGAUUUAGAAAUACCACCAUGGCCUCCUCGCACCGCGUUUGGAUUGCUCUACUUCUUCUCAUGGGAAUGACAAGUGACACUGGAGUAUUUGGUCGCGCAGUAGACACGCUGGGAUUUCUGUCACAGUCGCCGAAAACUGCAGAUGGAUCCUCCGGACCAACUUUACGCGCGGGCGUGUUGAGACGGUGGAGGCGCGGGGUCGCCGAUACGCACCGGGAGCGGUGCGCAGAGCUGGCGGCGCCUUGGCUGGAAAACGCACAAGUUCCUGAGGAUAAUGCCACGCUACUGCAGCUCCGUGUUCGGCCCCUUUCCCCGGGAGCCUCCCACGGCCUGGUUUUCCCAGGAAAAUCUCUUUUCAGCUUUGUCCGACGGGUUUACCACUGCUGUCAAGAAGGAGUGAACUGCAGACGCGUAAAAGGAAUCCAAGGGCGCUUGCGAGGAGGCACAGAUGUGGAGUUCCUCCUCAGCAGGGAGAUUUUAUCAUUGGCGGUUAUGAGAGCAGAGCUUCACCUCCACGUUUCCAACCCACAACAUCUGGAUAUCCACCCUGUGCUUUCAUCUAUGGCAAAGCGCGGCCUUCCUACCAGGUACAGCGUGUGGUCCCGGGGCAACGCAGCCGAGCUGAGAGUGGAUCUGCUGUUCCUUUUCCAGAGCCUGCAGGAGGCGACAGGUGGGGCCGGAGGGGGUCCCAGCUUGGUGAACAUGCGGCGGGCGGUGUUCUCUUCCAGGGGGUCUCCGCCAGGAGAAACGCCCACUUUUGGGGCUCUGCAGGACACUGCUAGGGAUGUGUGGGGGGAUGGGGUGGCUCUGGAGCUGGGCUUGGCCCUGGGCUGCAGUCGGGCUGGAUCAGGGCUGUCCUGCGGAACUUGCGGCGUUCACCUCGCUCACACACCUUUCAUGGCUCUGUACUACCGGUGAUGUCAAACCGAGACGGGACUCGGCCUGGAAACAUUUCAACAUCUCCAUUUUCUCACCGAAAAGACAACGCUUACAAAAGGAAAUGAUGCACUUCAAUAUCAAAUCUAUUAAUUUAUAAAAAGUUAUUUUUUGGUAAAAUAUAUAUGUAAAUAGUGAAUAUGAUAUACUGUAACUUUAUGGAAUCAUUCUUUGGUUAUUAAAGCUCAAUGUAACAAUG